AUGGGAGAGACCCGGACUGAGGCAACGGACAUGGAGGAGACCAGGACUGAGACCACAGACAUAGAGGAGACCAGGACUGAGACAACGGACAUGGAGGAGACCCAGACUGAGACAACGGACAUAGAGGAGACCAGGACUGAGACAGUGGUCAUGAAGGAGACCAGGACUGAGACAACAGACAUGGAGGAGACCAGGACUGAGACAACAGACAUGGAGGAGACCCAGACUGGAACAACGGACAUGGAGGAGACCAGGACUGAGACAACAGACGUGGAGGAUACCGGGACUGAGAAAACGGACAUGGAGGAUACCGGGACUGAGACAACGGACAUGGAGGAUACCAGGAAUGAGACAACGGACAUGGAGGAGACCAGGACUGAGACAACGGACAUGAAGGAACCCCACUUAUUUCACGAAGACUACAUCCCAGCACCUGACUUUUCUACAACCACCAAACAAGAACUUACAUCCUGUCAUAUUAAGGAGGAACCUCAAUCAGGACAAAAUCUCUCAGACACCAACCACUCCCCCCUUGCAAAUCAUCAAGGGGACAUGUUAUCUUGUAUUAAGGACGAGCCCUUGUAUGAAGGAGAAGACCUCCCCCAAGCUCAAACAUCUCAGAUGAAGGUGACACCCAUCUCAGGUGACCCGGACAGUUGUUCCUCCGUGGUUGAUGAACCAUCUGUUGAGAUAAAGCAAGAGCUGCCCACAUGUGGAGAGGGAAAUCUCCAGAGCGGUGAUGUCUCUGACCCCCCAGCUCAUGUACAAUGUCUCCCUACAAAGAUAAAGGAAGAACCCCAAUCACCUGAUGGAGAAAAUUCCACCAACGCGGACAUCUCCACACCUGACCACACACAGCGUCUGUCUAUACAGAUUAAAGAGGAGGAGGAGGAAGAGGACUUCCCUCAUGGGAUUCACAUACUUGAAGGGACCAUCACGGACUCGGACAUCCACUCCUUCACCAUCACCGGAGAGUACAUCGAAGGCAUCGAGUUCAAGUUGAAGAGCAAACCCGCGCAGGACAAAGCCGCCUCCACCUCUCAGCCGUCAUCAAAGACCACCUACGCCUGUCCCGUGUGCAAAAGGAGUUUCAGCAACCACGGCAAUCUGGUGCGGCACCGCGAAACGCACAAAGGGAAGAAGAUGUCGUGCUCGGAGUGCGGAGCCGACUUCUGCAACAAGACGGACCUGACGGUGCAUGCCCGGGUCCACAAAGCCAACAGGGUCCUCUACUGCGCCGAGUGCAACAUCCCCUUUCCGAGCCACUCACACCUCGUCAUCCACGAGAGAAUCCACACGGGGGAGAAGCCAUUCGCCUGCCUGCACUGCGGGAAGCGCUUCUCCAGCAAGUCCAACGUCACCAAGCACACGAAGGUCCACACCGGCGCCAAACAGUUCUGCUGCUCAGCGUGCGGCAAAUCUUACGCCCGCCAAGAGAACCUGCUGAGCCACCAGCGGGUCCACCAGGAGGCGGUGACGUUUACCUGCGCUCACUGCGGCCGCUCUUUCGUCGACAAACACAAGUUCGCCAGGCACCAGCGCUUCCACACCUUGGACAAACCAUACCCGUGCGUCCUCUGCGGCAAGCAGUUCGCUCACAAGGCGCUGCUCCUCCGGCACGAGCGCACUCACGUCGGCGGGAACCCCGUCUGCUCCGACUGCGGCAAGUGUUUCUUUCGGCAAGCCGAACUGACCAAACAUAAGAGAGCCCACGCGGGGGCGGCCCAGAAGGUUUUCGAGUGCUCCGAGUGCAGGAAGCGGUUCAGCUCGGGGCCUCGCCUCCUGAACCACCAGAAGCUGCACACGGAGGACAAGGCCUACGAGUGUUCCGAGUGCGGCAACUGCUUCAAACAGAAGAACAACCUGGUGAGGCACCGGAGGGUUCACGAGGUGGAGAAGCCCUUCUGGUGUGCCGAGUGCGAGAGAGGGUUCACCACCAGGUCCAACCUGAAGGUCCACCGUAGGGUUCACAUCAUGCGGAGGCAGCACCCCUGUCCGCACUGCGGCAAAGAGUUCCCCUUUAAGAGCAGGUUGAACGAACAUUUAAAGAGCCACGAGGAGAAUAAAGCCGACGGCGGGGACAGUUAG